CCUCGUAAUUUUCUCCGAGAUGUUUUGGAGAUGAUGAGGUGAGGAGCAUCAAAAGAAGUCAACUCGAGCGCAAGCGACAGAAUGGACGAGUUCGUCGUAAAUAUACACAGCGUGCAGCUUGUUCAAACACGGCGCUCGAGUCAAAUUGCCACCGCGCUGCUCUACAAGACGCUGGCAACAGCUGUCGCUUGUCAAAGACCCGAAGAUAACAAGAAGCCGAAGUCGCAGCAAUGGAAAAAUUUUCUGCGAGACUGGCGCAUAUUGAUGAAGCACAUCUUCAGCCCGGAAGAAGAAGAAAGACUGUUGAGCUGUUGCGAACCAAGCAAACGCGGGGCUCUGGAAGCGUGCGUUGAUAAAGCGGGGCUGACUUUUGAACAGUACGAACAGCUCAAGCAAGCAGUAAAAAAAUGGAGGUCUGGUCAGGGUAAAAAUGGGCAUUCCAGUCCCCGGUCAGAAGAGGAGGACCUUUCAAAAAUUGCGGGUUCGCAAUCAUCUGAACGAGAAAUAGCCGACAAGGCCCGCAUACUCGGAAAAUGCGUCUCCAAAAUUUAACGAAUUGAUAAUCAGAAACAAAUUAUUUUCAUGAAUAAACUUUGGUGCUUAUGAUGGCA